ACUGAGAAGAAAGGAGUCUUCUUCUUCCCCAGGAAGGAAGCCGAACACCCCCCUUUCUUUUUCACAACCCAACCCAUUUUAAACACCCCCGCUGUGUCUCUCUCUCAACUGUCAACUCUCACCUCUCACCUCUCACCUCUCACAUCUCCCCACACACUCUCUCUCUCUCUGAAAAAUGGCAAACAAACUCAAAGUGGAAGAGCUUCGAACCGAGCUCUCUCAACGCGGACUGAGUACCACUGGCACCAAGCCCACACUGGUUCGGAGGCUUGAAUCAGCUAUUCGCCAAGAAGAAACUAAUAAGCAAGCAAUUGAUUCUACGGACAAUUCAACUAGCAAAAAGAGACCGAGGGAAACCGAGAAUAAUGGGGAUUCAAAUGGGUCUGAGAAAAUCAAGGCCGUGGACAGGUUUCGGGUUAUCAGCAUUCAACAAUUACGCAAAGAAGCUGCUCUUCGGGGAUUGUCUAAAACUGGGUCCAAGAAACAACUUAUUGAAAGGCUUUGUACCGAUUCUCAGGAGGACUCCAACGCCGUUAUUGAAGCCAAAGAAGAGGAUGCUACUGAAAACAAGGAGGAGAAAAUGGUCACUGCAACCAAGAAGGGUGCUGCUGUAUUGGAUCAAUGGCUCCCGGAACACAUUAAGGCUCAGUACCAUGUAUUGCAGCGGGAUGACGAAAUAUACGAUGCCAUGUUGAACCAGACGAAUGUUGGGGAGAACAACAACAAGUUCUAUGUCAUUCAAGUUCUAGAGUCUGAUGAUGGGGGUAGAUUCAUGGUUUACAAUAGAUGGGGCAGAGUUGGUGUAAAGGGUCAAGAUAAAUUUUACGGUCCUUACACUUCGCAACAUAGUGCUAUCCAGGAAUUUGAGCAGAAGUUCCUUGCCAAAACUAGGAACUAUUGGUCCAACCGUGAAGAGUUCAUUUGUUACCCAAAGAGCUACACUUGGUUGGAAAUGGACUACACUAACACAGAAAAAGAAUCAACUGUACAAGGAAAGGUGGACCCUACAAUGGGAGUGCAGCUCCGGGAAACAAAACUGGAACCGCGCGUUGGAAAGUUUAUCGCUCUUAUUUGCAAUGUCAGCAUGAUGCAACAACAAAUGAUGGAAAUAGGAUACAAUGCUGAAAAGUUGCCACUUGGUAAGCUUAGCAAAUCGACAAUUUUAAAGGGCUAUGAUGUCUUGAAGAGGAUAGCUGAUGUGAUUGGCCAGUCAGAUAGGAAAAAGCUUGAGCAAUUAAGUGGUGAAUUCUACACCGUUAUUCCUCAUGAUUUUGGAUUUAAAAAGAUGCGUGAUUUUGUCAUUGACACCCCUCAAAAGUUAAAAUUCAAGUUGGAAAUGGUUGAAGCCCUCGGCGAAAUCGAGCUUGCAACAAAGUUGUUGAAGAAUGAUAUUCAGAUGCAGGAAGAUCCCUUGUGCUCUCAUUAUCAACGCCUUGGUUGUGAACUUAUGCCACUUGAAGUUGACUCUGAUGAGUUCUCGACGAUUGCAAGGUAUAUGAAGAAUACUCAUGCAAAGACACAUUCGAAUUAUGCGGUAGAUAUAGUUCAGAUAUUUAGGGUGUCAAGAGAGGGUGAAACUGAACGUUUUAGAAAGCAGUUCUCUAAUACGAAAAAUAGAAUGCUUUUGUGGCAUGGUUCUCGACUCGCAAACUGGACUGGAAUUCUAUCCCAAGGUUUGCGCAUUGCUCCACCAGAAGCUCCUGCAACAGGUUAUAUGUUUGGAAAGGGGGUUUAUUUCGCUGAUAUGUUUUCCAAAAGUGCAAACUAUUGCUAUUCGAGUCAUGCAGCUACUGCCGGUGUGCUGCUUUUAUGUGAGGUUGCACUGGGAGACAUGGCUGAGUUGCUAACAGCAAAUUAUAAUGCUGACAAAUUGCCAGAGGGAAAGCUGAGCACAAAAGGAGUUGGUGCAACUGCCCCCGAUUAUUCAGAGGCUCAAAUGCUUGAAGAUGGCGUCGCUGUUCCCUUAGGAAAGCCGAAAGAGCAACUCAGCUCUAAGGGUGCUUUAUUGUACAAUGAGUACAUAGUCUACAAUGUGGAUCAAAUUAGGAUGCGUCAUGUGGUUCAAGUAAAUUUUGAUUUCAAGAGAACCAGCAUGGGGAUAUAGUUCUCAAUUUCUACCUUAUCUGCAAUUUCAGUUUUGUAUUUCCGCGGCCCCCCUUUUUUUUUUUUUUUUUUGGAAGUAGAGAUCCCUCUUUAAUUUAAUCACGAGUUAUGAUUAUCAUUCCCCUCCCAAAAGGGAAAAAAAAAAUGGUAAAUUAUAUGUUCGAAAAACAAUGUUUCACGUUUGCAUUCACUCAUGUAUAUUUUAUUGAUUUAAUCGCUAUCUUUUCAUGUGUAAAGUAGAAAAUAUGUAUUUGCCUGUUGUAAGCAAUUGAAUUGUGUGAUGUGAGGAGGGUGUUGCAGAGCACAGAGACAUCCCACUGUGCAUCUACCGUCACAUUGACAAUCACCAAAAAGCUUGAUUUUGAUCUCGCUCAUUAAAUUGACUAGCAUGGUGGUUUUUUGGGAUGAAUACUAGCAUGGUGUUAAACCAGAAA